GUCGUAAACUGACAGUACUGUCGUGUUGUUAUGUUUGGUCCGUUCCGCUGCUCUAACUGAACUUUAAACAUCUUUAAUGUCGAGCUCCGGUUCACUUACCGUCAGGAAACUCGUGUAUUUACCAAAAGUGGCGACGUGAACAAAGAAGACUGCUCAAAUUCAAGCUUGGUGCAGGUGUACUUGGAGCCUGGUGAUGGGUUUCUGGCAGCCGAUGACCAACCUGAAAGAUUAUGUUUCCCAGAAUCCUCCAGGAUUUACAUUUUUCCUGUGUCUGUUGACUCUAGCUAUCACCUUUAUCUGCCUUGGCUCUUACAGCUUCACUCACACUGUGCCUAACCCUGACACAGCAGAGUCAGACUGGAACCAUCUGCUGUCCUCCCUGUCACAGUUCCAGCUUUGUGUGAAAAUCAAUUCAAGUUCAUCUGAGCUUGUCUCACCAGUCCCCUCUCUUCUGAUGGAUAGAGACACUUCAGUUAACUCCACAAAGACUCCUCCUCUCACCACUUUGUAUCUCAAAGUUCCUCUGAUUGUGACUAACAACUCCAACAGUGGUUCACUGAAAGACUUCAGUUUACACACUGCCUUGAAAGCCAGUCAGUUACAUCUUAGAGGUUUAAAUCUUGGAGACAACGAGAUAGUUAAUGUGACUUUGGAGUUUUUUUCUGGAAAUGAUACCUACACCUGCCUCACCAUAAGUGCCCCAACACAACUCCUGCCCAUGACCCUACUUCCACCAGAGUGCCCUGUAUCUGAGAAAAACAUUUCACCCAUCCAUGUGGAGGCGAGCAACAAGCAGCCGACAUCAGCACAAACCUGCUACAGUCUACACUCCAAGAAUGACCCUGCACUCACAGUCAUGUUAACACAGGAGGAGAAGACCGUGGCAGUGCGACAUCUGUUGGAAGCCAGUCUAUGUCUGCUCGGAGUUUGUUUGAUACUCUGUGUAGCUGCCAGUGUGACACAUUCACUCAUGCGCCGCCACCACUGGAAUGGACUGGACCUACAAAGUGAGCCCCUGAUUGACUCCUGAGUAUUUUUCAUCCUCUGCAUCCUGAAGAAAACAGUUGGUGGCAACCAGAGAAGAGUGAUAUGUGUCACUACCUUUAAAGAGACAUCCUACCACUUUUUACAAAAGAAACCAGUUUGCACAUCACAGGGAGUAAUACUCUGCCUGUAAUAACAGUUGUAUUAUGUCUUUUGUAACUCUGGAGGGAGAUUACUAAAGCCUGAGAAAUGAACCUCGGGGUUAUCUCUGCAUGAGGCUGGAGACUUGUAUGAGCUCAAAUUGUCAAAAAAAAGAAGAAGAAUUCUCCUUGACCAUGAUGGAAAACGUAACAAGGUGAAGAAAAGAGGUAAAGGACUAUUCAUAAGGGACUUACGAUAAGUGGGACAAUGUUAUCCCCUUUCCUUUAGUAAAGGAUGAAAGAAUGGAGGCAUUGAGGCAUCUUUCCUUCGCAUUAAGAUAAUUCAUUUAGGGCUGGCACUUAGAUAUUGCUGGGUCAUUUCACUCUGUUAGAAACCUGCCUAAGAAAUAAGGACUGUUUGACCACAGCCUAGAUUUAAUAUCGGGUCCAGCAAAGUGAAGAUAUUUCAAUUUCUGCUCCAUUAAUUACGAACAUUUUUAAUCCGUCUGUCACAAGAUUCCCAACUUUAUAAAAGUGCAAUACUCAUAAUCAGUGGAGCAUCUCUGUUAUAGGAGACUGAAGUAUUAUACACUGUCCAAACAUGGUUGUGAUAGAGUAUAUUUUAUAUUUUGUAAUGGGACCAUGGUGUAAUAGGAAUAACUCUUUAACCUGUAAUGUCUACACUGUUGACUGCUAAUACAUUUACUAUCCAGUCUGUUAUGUGCAGUUAUGUUUACUUCAGUUCCCACACUUCCCAGAGAUAAUUUGGGGGAAAUGGACAUUAAGUUGUAGCAUUCUGCGACAUUAGAGCUGAAUAUGUUAAAUGUUUUUCCAGUCAAAAAUCUUAAUCUGAUAUAUGUUUUAGUGGUGGCAUUCCUGUGUCGAUGUUUUCUUUCUAGAUUUUACUGGACCAAAGUUUGUUUAGCAUUCUAGGCUAGUUUGUCAACUUUACCACUUUAACUUACAUAUCUGACACUGAAAGGUCAUUGAAGCCAGAGUUACAGAGUUACCAGUACUCUCACCUCCAUCUACAAUGUGUUCUGUCACUUGCACAGGAGUUGAAACAUUUAGCGUCAGUAUUGAAGAAACCCCCAAAUGUCUGUUGUAAAGUAUAGUACAAGCCAUUUGUAGUGUUUUUAUAAAAGAUUUAAUAGGACACUAAACACAGAAAAGUGUAUGAAUGGAAUUUGCAAGUGUUACAAACUGACAUGUCCCCCAGACUCCGAGAGUAACUGAAUCUUUCCAGGAGCUCUGAAAAUAAGAUGCCUUCUUAACCACAACCAUGUGUUUCACUAUUUUCUUUUAGGAACUUUGUAUUGGGUGUAACUAACACUUGUUUCACUUGUGGCUCUGAGUAAAGGAAAGCUGUUAAUCUGAACUUUUAGACUUGACAUGAUACUUACACACAAUACUGGUAAUAAUAAACUUUUGAAGUUUCUCAUCUAAAUGAAAACAAACUAUUUUUUUUUCUUUCAGAUCAAAUUUAGACACCUUCAUUUUGAAUUUAUGGUUGUAAUGUUUGUUAUUUUAAAGAAACCCCAACAAUUAAAAUAUACCAUACCUUACAGUACUGUCAAUAAUUCAUUAUAUACUUAAAGAGGAUUUAAAUUUUCUGUUGGAGUCAACAUAAUGCUUGGUUCAUUAUUGUCAAAAUGAUUUUGUGUAGAAAUAAACAAAAGAAAGAAAGUA